UGUUUUGGUAAUUUUUUUAUUGCCCCUUAUAGCAAACUCCACACCAAUGUUUCGAAAUAACUUUUUUCCCGCUCAGUUAAAAUAUCCGGCUACAAAAAUGGCGGCUGGAAGCCGCUUGUGACUUCUAUUCUAUGCGGCAAAUAUUCGGUGCUUUGCCAUUCUAUCCAUGACAGAUAAUUCCAAACAGACCGCCCAAAAGAAGAAGACGUGUGGAACAUAGCCGCAAUCAUUUAAGCGGUUUGAAAGCUGUCUUUGUUUGGUUUGAAAUAUGUUUAAAAAUUUUGCAAAAACUAAUGUAGUGGAUCAUAGGCAAGCUUUGUGUGUUGAAUCAUCGAUUGUUAGUCCUUCAAACAAGAUUUCAACAAUAUACAGCAUUGGGGAACCGUAUUUUCAACGGUAAAUGCCGGGUCGUUUGGACAUGAUUUUCAAAAGUUUGUGAGUGUUUUUUUUCUGCAAAUUUAUGGACCAUCCGCGUUUUUUCCGCUCAAUUUGCUUUAUUUCAAGUGUACUACUUUAAGGGAAAAGUAAAAAGAACGCCAUAAUCUGACAGUAUAAAGUACAUGAGCACCUUCAUUUGAUUCGAUUCUUUACAGAUAAAAUGGCCGUAUUAGAUAGACUUCAUAUUCGAGGAAUUAGAAGUUUUGGACCUAAUGAUGAAGAAAAAGUCAAGUUUUCAGUCCCAUUGACUUUGUUCCUCGGGCAGAAUGGAUGUGGUAAAACCACUAUUAUAGAAUGCAUUAAAUAUGCGUUAACUGGGGACUUACCAAGUGGAAGCGACAGUGGCCGAGGAUUUGUCAAUGACCCUAAAUUAUCAAGUAAAAGUUCAACGAAAGGGUCCAUAAAACUCAAAUUUAACGACUUCAAAGGAGAUUCCAUUACAGUAGCUAAGUUUGUGGAAGUAACCACAUUAGCUGCAGGAAAACUACGAUUUAAAAACAUAAGUAAUGCCCUGCAAUGGAAGGAUAAUCAAGGAAGGGCUCAGGAAACUGAGCAAAAAUGUGCCGAUAUCGAUCUAUACUGCGCUCAAAAACUCAAUGUUUCCAAAGCUAUUAUAAAUAAUGUCAUAUUUUGCCAUCAAGAAAACUCAUCGUGGCCAUUGGAAGAAGCGAAGAAGCUGAAAGAAAAAUUUGACGAAAUUUUUGGAGCUACGGAAUAUAAUAAAUGCGUAGACAAAUUGAGAAAACUUAUAAAAGAGAAAAAAGUAUAUGUGAAACUUUUAAAGGAGCAAUUUACACAGAAAAAGAUGGCAAAGCAAACCACUGACAAAUUAAGGGAUCGACUCUGCGAUGAGGAAAGCAGAUUAGAACGAAUUCAAACAAUCAUAGACGAGAAACGAAAUGAGAUCAAACCAUUACGAAUACGGCUGAAUGAAGUACAUGUGAUUAUAGAUUCUAUCACCGAAACACAUGCUAAAUUAACUGGUUUAGAAACCAGGCUUAAAGGUGUUAUGGAUCAGCAAUCUGCCCUUGCACAACACAUUCAAAAAGAAUUUAGUGGUACCGAUGAAGAAUUAGAGAACGAAAUACUAAACUUUGAUAACUUCAAAGACGAAGGAAACAGAGAAAUUUUAAAAAUCGAAAGCAAAAAGUCAGCUAUCGAAGCAAAAGUCGCGGAAAUAACUAUUAUUAUUCAAGAUGAACAAGUUACAUUGGGCCAGCUGAAGCAGGAAAAGGUCCACCACACAAAGAGAUGUGAAGAAUUUAAAGAGUUAAUACAAAAAGCUAAAGUUAAAUUUGAUCUCGAAUGCGAGGAGUCUGAGUCCGUUUAUAACAUAAUCGAUAAACUAAAUAACAAAUAUAGUACCAAAGAAAAGAUGAUGAUCAAUGAAAAAAAGAUCAUGGACGAAAAGGAGGGACGCCUGCAAUCCAACAUUGAUAGAAUUCGAUCUAAAUUGGCAGCAGCUGAAGAAAAUUCGUCUUCGAAAUCGAAACUUCUCAAUGAAACUAAUAUUAAAUUGGGAGAGACGAAAUGUAAAUUGGGACGUUUAUCGCAUUCUCAUUCUCAAUUGGAAUCAACCACAAAAAAAAUGAAGAAGUUUGAAGAUGAUCUCACUAAAAAAAAGGACGAAUUUGAUGAAGGACAGGCGAGUCGCCAGUUAGAAGAUCUCGAAGAACAGAUUACUCAAAAGGAACAGCUCCAAACUAAGCUUGAUCGCGAGUAUAAAACACUUCAACAAAAUUAUUGGACUGAUCAAAAAAUCGAAUCUGAAACGUCGACUUUAUUGGAAAAAAGAGCUGAAGUGGCUGCUUUAAAAGAAAAGCAUGAACAUAGCUUUGCCAUUCUGUUUAAAGAAGAUGUACUUGCACAUGAACUUGAAAUGUCUAUAGCUUCAAUACAGAACAGAGAAGAACAAAAGGCGACGUCCCUUUCGAAAAGCAUCUCAACUAAUGAACGAAAAAUAGCUUCGUUAGAAGCAGGAGUAAAAAAUGUACGAGAGAAGUUGGAAGCCCAACAGGAAGAACUGAAGCGUAACAAGGAAAAGAUUGAAAGGGUUUGCGAAGGAAAACCGUAUUCCGAAGUUUUAAAUCAAUCGCAUACUAAAAAGGAAACGCUCCAGAAAAAUAAGGGAACUUACAGAUCAGCUACAACAAUAUUUGCAAACUUUAUAAGCGAAUUUGAACAAGAGGCACCUUGCUGUCCAGUUUGUGAUACCAGUUUUGCUUCAAAAAAAUCUCUUGUACCGAAGAUUAUUACCAAAUUGAAAACAAAAAUUGAAGACCUACCAAGAAAGUUGGCUGAUACUGAAGCCCAACUAAUAAAAGAAGAGGAGUUCUAUAAUAAAUUGCAACAAUUGAAGCAAGUUAACGAAAAUAUUCAAGUAAUAGAAGAAGCAAAAAUACCACUUUUACAGGAAGAGCUGCAGGAAAAUGAAGAUAAAUUAGAAGACCUCAAGUUGGAGUUAGCGUCUCUGAAGAAUGAUUUGACUGAGCCUGAAAACUUAGUUGGCAUAUGUAGAAAAGUAUUAUCUGAUGCUGCGUUGAUUGACCGCUUAAGUCAAGAAAUUACAAAAAGUGAGGAUUUACUUGAAACCUUGAGGAAAGAUUUAAUAUCUGUUCCUUCCAGUCGCUCUUUUGAAGAAACUGAAACCCAGCUCCAUAAAUUAAAAUCUGAGUUAAAAAAUUUGACAGUACAUUAUAAGUCUAAGAGAGAUCUUUUUGACGAAACAAGGGAAGGUAUUCGGAAAUUGAUUACUCAAUUGCAAAUGGAGACUCAAAAACAAUUGGAAAUGCAAAAAAUACUUCAAGAGCAACCAAUGUUAGAAAAACAAAUUUGUGAAUAUAAGAAAUCAAUUCCUAAAUUGAAAGAAGAAAUUAAGAGCGUUACGGAAAAAGUUGCUACAUACAAAAAAGAGUUAAGCGAGGCUGAAAGUAAGCGCAGUGAAACUGUGCUCAAUAAUUCAAAACUGUUGGAAGAAUAUAGGCUGAAUGUUGACGCGUGUAGUCGAUUAAUUGAAGAAAUCGCGAAGCUUCAAAAGACCAUUCAAGGUUUUGAGCAAGGAGAUGUCUCUGCUAGAUUGGAGUCUAUUAAGAACAGCUUGGAUGGUCACAAGAGUGAUAUUGAGAAGUUAGAGCAAACCAAGAAGCUCCUCAUUAACGCAGUCGUGAAGAAGAAAGAAGACCUAGCUAGCCAAGAGAGCAAGCUGCGCAGUUUUAAAGACAAUAAAGAGUUGAGAGCGAGUAGGAUGAAAAGCAAGCAAUUGAAAAGUGAGGUGCAAGAAUUAAGAAUGAAAAUUGGUAGCCAUAACAGCAAAUCUAUCUGCGACGAACAAAGGAAGAUAAUGGAUAAUAUAAACACAAAAGAAACUGAGAUUAGUCGCAAAAUUGGAGAAGAAGAUAGUUUAAAGGAUUUAAUACACAAGGACACAACAGAACUGAACAAAAAGGAGCACAGGGAGGUCGUCACUGAAUAUAAGAAAAAAUAUUACGAACUAAGAGUUGAAGAGUUAGCUGUGAUUGAUUUAGAAGUAUACACUGAAGCAUUAGAAAAAUCGAUAUUGAAAUUUCAUCAAGAGAGAAUGGUUCAAAUCAAUAUGACCAUUAGAGAAUUAUGGAGAAAUAUUUAUAGAGGAAAUGACAUUGAUUAUAUUGAAAUUCAAACCGUUGAUGAUAUAGGAGGUGGAGGUGCGAGGAAGAGAAGUUACAAUUACAAAGUGGUUCAAGUGAAAAAAGGCACCGAUUUAGAAAUGAGAGGUCGAUGCAGUGCAGGACAAAAAGUAUUGGCUUCCCUCGUAAUUAGAAUGGCACUAGCUGAGACUUUUAGUGCGAAUUGUGGCAUAUUAGCUUUAGAUGAACCUACAACAAAUUUGGACAGAGACAAUAUAACCAGCUUAAGCGAAGCCCUGUCUAGAAUAAUUACAGCACGUGAAGGCCAAAAAAAUUUCCAGUUGUUAAUUAUUACUCACGAUGAAGAAUUUUUGCAAACCUUAACCAGAAACCAAAGCGUGUCUCAUUACUAUAGGGUGCAACGAAAUUUCGAAGGAUUUUCCGAAAUUCAAAAGCAAAGUCUUUAGUUUCCAAAUAUCCUUAAUCGACAUUAUUCCAAAUUGGAGAGGUUUUUGUUAUUUUUUAUUAGUAACGAAGUUAAGUUUAGAUUUAAGUUAUAUAUUGAUCUGUGAGAUCUGUUUUUUAAACUAUAUCUGUAGCAUUGAAAUAAAUGUUUGUUUUUCCGGAA